GUUUCGUUGAGGAGCCGGAGAGGAAAUACUGCUUUGAGUGCGACAGUGAGGAGCAGUGCCAGGAGUGGGUCGAGGCGCUGAAGAGAGCCAGCUAUGAGUUCAUGAGGAGGAGUUUGAUCUUCUACCGGAACGAGAUCCAGAAGAUGACAGGGAAGGACCCGCUGGAGCAGUACGGGAUCUCCGAGGAAGCCCGAUUCCAGCUGGGAGCACACAAGCAGUAA